UCAAAACUAUACGCGCAUGCAGCAAUUUAGAUUAUAAUGCCUAUAACUGGAUAAAUUGAAACAAGCAAAUACACGAAUAAGUACCAUUGAUAACUAAUAUCAAGUCGUUUUUGUAAAAUACAACACAAUUAGCGUUCUCGACACUACACAAAUGCAGAGGAUCAAACUUUUUCUGCCUUUCAAUUUAAUAAUGAAAACUAAUCGUUUUCUACCCUGCAAAAGACUCAAUUCCAAAUGCAGCUCAUAUUUAAAGCACGUUAAACGCGAUGAGAAAAACAGGCAAUUUGUAGAGGCUUUUCCAGAAGUAAUUAACACCCUAAGUGAGUAUUGUGCCUCUCAGAAUUUGCCGCACCUGGCGCCACAUCUGGAAGAAAUGGUUGAGUUUACGGUGUUAAAAUUGAAACGAUUUAGACACACGGUAGUUUUGGAAGCUUAUAAGGCACUGGAAACGCCUGAAGGUUUCAGCGAAGACAAAUAUCGUUUGGUUAUUAUGCUUGCUUGGUGCUUUGAGCUGACACUCGCCGCAAUGGUUGUGCAGGAUGAUCUUUGGGAUCAGACGGAAAUUCGCGCGAAUGACAUCUCUUGGUAUAAGAAACCGAACGUCGGGCACAACGCGAUCACUGACGGAAAGUUAUUGUACGAGGGAGCAUUGGUGUUGCUCAGGAAGUAUUUCGCCUCCUUAAAACAAUAUGGUGAAUUAAAGGAGUUGUUUAAUGAAAUGAAGAUAGCGCUCGCGAAAGGACAAGUAAUGGAUUGGUCCUACAAACGCAAUGGUAAAUUGGCGUACGAAACCUUUAACAUGGAUACAUAUCGUGUUACUGCACGUUACAAAGCUGGUAUGCCAAUCUUUGCGUUCCCAUUUGCCGGAGCUUUAAGUAUGACUGGGAAUAUGUCCCUUUGGUACGGCACCAAAGAUGUUAUAGCAGAUCUUGGGUUACAUUUUCAAGUUGAUAAUGAUAUCUUAGAUAUUUACGAUAAGCAUGGCCGUUUGAGACCCUGCGUGGGGAGUGAUAUUCGCGAGGGAAAACGUACAUGGGUUGCCGUAAAAAUACUAGAAAGCAACAGUGAGGGAAAAAUUGAAUCUUUUAAAGCUAAUUACGGUCGUGCUGGGCGCGAUUGUGAAGAGCAGGUGGUGAGAAUAGCGAACGAGCUGAAUAUUUAUGAAAAAUAUCUCGACCAUCACUCCAAAUCCAAAAAGAUGAUGGAAAAACGUACAAUUAACAUGAUGCCAUCGUUACGGAAAGCUGUAUUAUCUACAGUUGAAAACGUACUUCCCACUUUAGCCGAAUGAAUUUUUACGCAAAAUUGAUCAUGUUUGUUUUCGGCGGUGUCUAUUUACACUAUUUUUGUAUACACAGUGGGUCAUAUGUAUAAAAUAAAUUCAUUUUUACCGUUAUGUACUGUUGAGAAAGAACCUGAGAUAGGUCGGUUGUUAUUCAGUACGAAAAUAUUAACUUCUAACACCUUCCCAAAAUUUUAGAUAAAAAAGAAUCGCGCGGCAUCUUGUUUAAAAGGGAUUUCAGAAAUAUACAUUGUUGUUUAAUUUUGGUGCAAUUAUAUCGAAGCUUUGGGCUGAAAAUUUCAAUAAUCCCUAAAGGUGCUAAACAAAUUAUUAAAGCCAUUGAUAAAUAAACUUUCUUUAAAAAGGUUCCUACCCCAUUUUGUGAAUUAUAAACAAAUAAAUUAUUGAUAAUGGAAUUUUUAGUCGGGCAUUAUGUUAAUCACAAAUCUCUCGCUCUCGAAGACUUUGGCGAUAAAUUUAAUAAGCUACCA